GGGCCUAGCGGAGCGCCGGCCUCCACCUUCCUUCCUUCCUUCCCUCUUCGUAUCGCGCGCCAUUUUGACCCAUAGGCCCCUUCCUUUACUCCUUUCUACCACUCUGCCACCGACUCCUCCCUCCCCUUCCCCUUCCCCACCACCACCCUCUCGCCGCCGACGCCGCCGCCGGGGAUGGGGGGAACGCACUUCGCCGACGACGACCUCGCCCACGAGGCCACGGGCGACGGAGAUGUGGGCCGCCGCGACGUGGGCAAGAUGGAGCACGGGUGCGAGCAUUAUCGGCGGAGAUGCAAGAUCGUAGCGCCCUGCUGCAAGGAGGUGUUCCCCUGCCGCCAUUGCCACAACGACGCCACGGCUUUGGGUGAUCGGCAUAAUAUAUGUCGCCAGGAUGUUGAAAAAGUAGUGUGUGUACUCUGUGAUACUGAACAACCGGUGUCACAAGUGUGUGUAAGAUGUGGAGUCAAUAUGGGAGAAUACUUCUGUGAUGUAUGCAAGUUUUAUGAUGACGACACAGAGAAAGGGCAGUACCAUUGCCAUGAUUGCGGCAUAUGCAGGGUUGGCGGCAAGGAAAACUACUUCCACUGUGCAAAGUGUGGGUCAUGUUACGCUGUUGCAUUGCGUGAUAACCAUCAGUGUGUGGAGGAUUCAAUGAGACAGAACUGCCCAAUCUGUUAUGAGGUAACAUCAGGAACUUGUACUGUUCCACUUAUUGGAACUAUUGAGAUGUUUAUAGUGAAAUUUUCUGUGCAGUAUCUAUUUGAUUCAUUAAAAGGAACAAGAGUUCUAAACUGUGGACACACGAUGCACAUGGACUGUUUCGCUGAGAUGGUGGACCAUAAUAAAUACACUUGUCCAAUAUGCUCUAAGACAGCUCUUGACAUGACAGUUCACUGGGGCAUGUUGGAUCAAGAGAUUGAAGCAACAAUUAUGCCUCCUGUAUAUCGUUACAAGGUUUGGGUUCUUUGCAAUGACUGCAACAAAGUCUCAGAAGUGGACUUCCACGUGAUUGGCCAUAAGUGCAGCCAUUGCAACUCAUACAACACUAGAUCGACGUCGCGGCCUGCAGAUUUAUCAGGAAGCAGUUCUCCGUCGACAACAGACUCAUCUUAAGACAACCUCCUGUAGAGAAUACAUCAUACUGGUGUAUCACCUGGUCUGUGCAACCAAUGCCAGAACCAUACACAUAGAAGAAGCAUUGUUUCGCGGCAUUGCCCGUCUAGUGUCAGCCCCAUCCCUGGGCCUUUGCCGCUUUACCAUUCUACCAAGAUUCAAUUCAUCUCUUGAAUCGUCAGCUACUAGUGUAUUUGCUGCGAACAGCGUUGCUUGAUUACUUGGAAGUCUGUCUUAAAUCUGUAAUACAGCACCAUUACUCUGUACCACCGUGGAUGAAGCCCAGCAUAUGCUAUAUUCCCCAGGAGUUGAAUUCUGAGCUGCUGUAAUCCAUGGGAAUUGUGUGUACGCUGCUGUUGUCAGGUCCCUGAUUGUGUUAUUCUCACAAUUUGAGAGAAGUUUAUUAGAUUUUUACACCAAA